GCAAAAACCAAGUGUAUAAAUGUGAAAAAAGCAUAGCCAACAAAGUCACUUAAAACUUUUUCUUUUUAAUAAAAAAAAGUUUCAUAAACUUUGAUUACGUAAAAAAAAGAGAAAUUAAGCGAAAAAACCAAUAUAGUCAUAUCAAUGUCAAUCACAAUGCAGAGUGUUUUAGUGUGUUUGAUGUUCUUUAUUGGUGCACUGCCUCAUGUUCAUGUCCAUGCAGAUAUUAAUUCCGCAUAUAAAAGGGCUGUUCACCAUGCAAUGGGGAGAUAUAAAAGAAAUUCAGUUCCCCACAAGAACCAUCGUCCAAAGUUCCAUGCUGGUCCCUGGAAGAAUGCUCAUGCCACCUUCUAUGAUGGCGGCUCUGGAACAUUUGGGGGAGCUUGUGGUUAUGACGAUGUGGUGAAGGAAGGGUAUGGCCUUCAGACAGUGGCGUUGAGCCAAGCUUUGUUCAACAAUGGACAAUCUUGCGGUGCAUGUUUCGAAAUAAAAUGUGUGGACGACCCUCAAUGGUGCAAGCCUGGCCAGCCAUCUCUCCUGGUUACGGCUACCAACAAUUGCCCUCCAAAUUACAAUCUACCAGCUGACAAUGGAGGGUGGUGCAAUCCACCACGCGAGCAUUUCGAUAUAGCCAGGCCUGUUUUCCUCCAAAUUGCUGAAUACAAAGGUGGCAUUGUUCCAGUCAUGUACCGCAGGAUUCCAUGCCAGAAGAAGGGAGGAAUUCGAUUCACCAUAAGCGGGAAUCCAUAUUUCAAUGAGGUAUUGGUAUGGAAUGUGGGUGGAGCUGGAGACGUUACGAGCUUGCAAGUGAAGGGCAGUGACAAGCUCAAAUGGACUGCUAUGAGGCGGUUGUGGGGUCAGAAGUGGGUCACUGAUGCCAUGAUGGUCGGUGAAUCUCUCACUUUCCGAGUAAGAGCAAGCGACGGGAGAUUUUCAACUUCAUGGCAUGUUGCCCCCAAGAACUGGCAAUUCGGCCAAACCUUCGAAGGCAAGAAUUUCAAACAGUAGACCCGCCACUAAUUAGGUAGUUUUCUUGUACAGUGUUGCGUGUUGACUGCCAAUAAUGUUGUCCCGCUGUAACUUGAAAAGCAUUAAUGUAGGAGCGUUUUAUUUUUAAAAAGAUCUUCAUUGUCUAUUAAAUUAAGCUUCCGUGUGAAGUGUUAAAAAGAUCUACUCCCCCUCGUAUCUUUUUCUGGUUCAGGGGGAUCACGUCAAGAAAAAACUAAGCAACAAAAAAAUAUGCUCAGAACCUUGGCAUUAGCCAGUAUAUAGAGUUAAUAAAAUCAAGCGAAUGCUUAUAUAAAUAAA